UCCGCUCUGGUGCAGAUCGGCAGCCGUGGGUGGAGCGCGGGGUGUCUCCGAAAAGGAGAGCGGGAAGGCAGGAGGGGCGGCAGUCUGACGGCGCGGGGGUCUGAGGCUGUAUCGCGCACGUCCACCCUAGAAGAGCUCUUUUUUUUAUUCUUUUGUUUUUGCUGCUUUCUUUUCUGUGUGUGACGCGCUUGGGAGAAGGCUCCUGUCUUGGACCGCAUGCAUGACACAACGCAAAGGCGAGAAACCCACCAUCAGCAUCCAGGAGCACAUGGCCAUUGACGUGUGCCCCGGACCCAUCCAGCCCAUUAAGCAGAUCUCGGACUACUUCCCCCGCUACCCCCGGGGCCUGCCGCCCGUCGGGGCCCCGUGCGCCGCCCUCUCCGCCGCCCCGGCCGCCGCCUCGGAAAGUGAGGACAGCCCGGACCGGGCGUUCGCUGGAGCCUCGGCUUCCAGGAGAGACGACGAGCCCGAUGUGGAGGCGUACGACUCGGAUGACUCCACUACUCUUGGAACUCUGGACUUCAGCUUGCUGUACGACCAGGAGAACAAUGCUCUGCACUGCACCAUUAACAAAGCCAAGCUUCCUGUUCCCAGGUACAAGAAGGGGCUCAAGCCGAUGGACCACAACGGGCUUUCGGACCCUUAUGUCAAGUUGCACCUGCUACCCGGUGCCAGUAAGGCCAAUAAACUCCGUACCAAGACCCUGCGUAAUACGCUUAACCCUGUCUGGAGCGAGACGCUGACCUACUACGGCAUCACUGAUGAGGAUAUGGUCCGGAAAACACUCAGGAUUUCAGUGUGUGAUGAGGACAAGUUCCGCCACAACGAGUUCAUCGGUGAGACGCGAAUCCCCCUCAAAAAGCUGAAGCCCAAUCAGACCAAGAACUUCAACAACUGCCUGGAGAAACAGCUACCUGUGAACAAGACUGAGGACAAGUCAUUGGAGGAGCGAGGGCGCAUCAUGAUCUCCCUCAAGUACAACACCCUUAAAUCCUGUCUGGUGGUGGGCAUCAUAAGGUGCGCGCACCUCGCCGCCAUGGACGCCAACGGAUUCUCAGACCCUUACGUCAAAACGUACCUGAAGCCCGACGAGAACAAAAAGUCCAAGCACAAGACUGCUGUCAAGAAGAAGACGCUCAAUCCCGAGUUCAACGAGGAGUUCUGCUACGACAUCAAGUACGCAGACCUCACCAAGAAGACACUGGAGGUGACUGUGUGGGACUAUGAUAUUGGGAAGUCCAACGAUUUCAUCGGCGGUGUCUCCCUGGGCAUCAACGCCAACGGUGAGCGUCUCAAGCACUGGUUCGACUGCCUCAAGAACAAGGACAAGAAAAUCGAGCGCUGGCACACACUGACCAACGAAUUACCCUGCUCGCUAAAUGACUAAACACCCCCAUUAGACCAAUCGGACCUGAGUCCCGCAUGCCACGCUUCACCCGCCUCCAUUUCAUCCGUGCGUCCUUCCAGGUAUCUUUCCUCUCAUUGGGGCUCAACUAAAAGCAUCCGAACCUGGAAAGUCUUCUGUCUGCACAUAUUUAAGUGACUCAAAGGGUACGAUAAAGAGCUCUUUUCACACUGCCUGUGAAAAUCCAAAUUACGAUGUCUGUAUAAAUGCCACCGACGCGGAAUGAGGAGGUGAUAUAAGAACACACCAUAGCGCUUUACACACAACACAGACACGAAAGAACUGAUACUUUUUCUUUAAAAACCACCACAAAAUGUGUUGGGGGUGAAGUCGACCGGGCAAUUUUCUGGUUUUAGAGGUAGCAUCAAAGUCGAGACGGGAAUUGCAACUUGUGAAGACGCAGAAUCGUAUCCGUAACAGAGUGGAGACAUUGCCUCUGUUUAAGAGAAUAGUACAAAUUACAAACCGGGCGUGGUAAACUCUCAUGAAUCUGGUUGUUGCCAGCAAGUAUUUUAGCACUCACAACAAAGCUAUCAUUUUCCAUUUUCCCCCCAAGAUACUGUUCCUUAUAUGUCUACCAACAAUUGGCAAUUUUCCAGCUUCGGAGGCAGCAUCUGAGCCGCAACAGAGUGUUUAUAAGGCAAUUCUCCAAUGCUGGAAUUGGGUUUUGAUGUUUUAACACUUGAGAUGCACUUAUGUCAUGACUUUACACCUUUUCCCUCCCAUGUCAUUAAUGUGUAUAAAGCAUGUCAAUGCAGAAUGAGGGAUGCAAACUAAGUAGACCUGGUAAUUUUCUGACUUUGGCAGUUGUAUGAUAACUGCAACAAAAGCUGGACACCUUUGGUUUACCGCAACCGACGUGGACAUGCUUGGAACCCAAGCUGACCAGGUACUUGAACCGGUUCCUCGUCAUACCAGAUUGCGCACAACUUUUCCUGCCGAAUGAAAAUGAAGCUACUGUGUUAUGUGUCACUGUAUGAUGAUGCUAACAAAAAAAGCAUGUCUUGUUUACAACCUGUUCUUGCCGUUGUUUUAGCCGAGAUUGACGGCAACCAGAAGAGUUGUUUUUUUCUGCUGCAAAGGUAGCACUUCACUUCAUUUAGUACCUCUCCACCUCUUUCUAGUAACGCUAAAUGGCAGUGGCACUGAAUGGCUGGUGAAAUCGACUUGGCAGUUUUCCGUCUUCAGCAGUCGUAUCCCGUAACAGCCCCCUUUACAUUUGUUUGUCCUUUACUGCUGUUCUGUAUAGACAAGUUUCCUGAGCGAAACAUGGGCCGUGCCAUCUUGGAAAUUUUCUGCUCCAAACUUCCGGUUUAGGCAAAACAUCAUGAGUUGCGGUUGAAGUGAGGAGUUGUUGACAAAGUCAAAAUCAAAUCAAUGGGACCCACUGAUUCUACAAAAAUGGAUUUAGCACAACGUAAACGAGGGUCUGGGACUAUCUGUGCUGUGUGUUGCUGGGCGAACUCCUGGAAGCGCCUAAAUAUAUGGUUUGAAGAGGAAUGUCUUUAUCAUCGACCAGCUACAAUGCGCCACUGUGGAUGUACUCCGCCAUACGCCUUUCAUCCGAAACCAGCAGAAAAUUUCAAGAAUGUGGAUCGCUUCUCUAAACUUCAUGGCUCCACCUAAAAGACUAUUUGUUUGUUCUUAUCACUACGUUAAUAAGAAACCCACUAAAAAACAUCCUUUCCCGUAACUUUGGUAGUGUUGUUAUAGUAGCAGCUACAGCAGCAGCAGUAGUUGUAGUACAAAAUUAUUAAACUUCAUUAAUACAGUGGGGCAAUAAGUAUUUAGUCGACCACCAAUUGUGCAAGUUCUCCUACUUUAAAAGAUUGGAGAGGCCUGUGAUUGUCAACAUGGGUAAACCUCAACCAUGAAAGACAGAAUGUGGGGAAAAAAAGCAGAAAAUCACAUUGUUUGAUUUUUAAAGAAUUUAUUUACAAAUUAGAGUGGAAAAUAAGUAUUUGGUCACCUACAAACAAGCAAGAUUUUUGGCUGUCAAAGAGGUCUAACUUCUUCUAACGAGGUCUAACGUUACUCCACUCGUUACCUGUAUUAAUGGCUCCUGUUUUAACUCAUUAUCGGUAUAAAAGACACCUGUCCACAACCUCAGUCAGUCACACUCCAAACUCCACUAUGGACAAGACCAAAGAGCUGUCGAGGGACACCAGAGACAAAAUUGUAUACCUGCACCAGGCUGGGAAGACUGAAUCUGCAAUAGGUAAAACGCUUGGUGUAAAGAAAUCAACUGUGGGAGCAAAUUUUAGAACAUGGAAGACAUACAAGACCCCUGAUAAUCUCCCUCGAUCUGGGGCUCCAUGCAAGAUGUCAACCCGUGGCGUCAAAAUGAUAACAAGAACGGUGGGCAAAAAUCCCAGAACCACACGGGGGGACCAAGUGAAUGACCUACAGAGAGCUGGGACCACAGUAACAAAGGCUACUAUCAGUAACACAAGGCGCCGUCAGGGACUCAAAUCCUGCACUGCCAGACAUGUCCCCCUGCUGAAGAAAGACACGUCCAGGUCCGUCUGCAGUUCGCUAGAGAGCAUUUGGAUGAUCCAGAACAGGACUGGGAGAAGGCGUUAUGUUCAGAUGAAACCAAAAUAGAACUUUUUGGUAGAAACACAGGUUCUCGUGUUUGGAGGAGAAAGAAUACUGAAUUGCAUCCGAAGAACAGCAUACCCACUGUGAAGCAUGGGGGUGGAAACAUCAUGCUUUGGGGCUGUUUUUCUGCAAAGGGACCAGGACGACUGAUCUGUGUAAAGGAAAGAAUAAAUGGGGCCAUGUAUCGAGAGAUUUUGAGUGAAAAUCUCCUUCCAUCGGCAAGGGCAUUGAAGAUGAGACGUGGCUGGGUCUUUCAGCAUGACAAUGAUCCCAAACACACAGCCAGGGCAACAAAGGAGUGGCUUUGUAAGAAGCAUUUCAAGGUCCUGGAGUGGCCUAGCCAGUCUCCAGAUCUCAACCCCAUAGAAAAUCUGUGGAGGGAAUUGAAAGUCCGUGUUGCCCAACGACAGCCCCAAAACAUGCAAAUAAAUUCUUUAAAAAUCAAACAAUGUGAUUUUCUGGGGGGGGGUUCCACAUUCUGUCUCUCAUGUUUGAGGUUUACCCAUGUUGACAAUUACAGGCCUCUCUAAUAUUUUCAAGUGGGAGAACUUGCACAAUUAGUGGUUGACUAAAUACCUAUUUGACCCACUGUACAAUCAUCAUCGUAAUAUCAAUAGCAUAGGCAACAAGUCGUUAAAUGCGCCAGAUCUUAGGUUUCGUAUUUUUGGAGAAUAUACCUUCCAUAACACAGCGUCAGCAUGACUAGACGAACACCGGAGUCCCGCGAGUUUCGACGUCUCCCUCCUUUGUUACCAGCACCCAUGCUUUGUGGUAUGGCGCAUUGAGGAACUGGCUUGGUUCCACAUUCGCCUUCAUGAUGACAAAAUUCCUGUGUUCGUGUAUGAGGACACAUCCAACUUUGUGGCUGUGCAGGUACUGGAAUUCCUCUGAGCUUUUCAGGUUCCUGAUGGUGUUUCCAUCCACUGCCAUAGAGUCAAUAAAGUAAGAUAAUAUUUUACUUGUGGUCACCUUCGUCCAUUUCUUUAUGUUGUCUUCCCAUGUCGAGAUUGCAGAAGCAUGCGGUAUUUCCAAAUAGUGUUUUUUUCAGGGUUUUUAGUGAAUCAUGCCGCUCCAGCGCCAUUGCUGCCAAUGUAAAAUAACUUGAAAACGGAAGUCGCGAGCAGAAAGCAGGAAUUAAAGCUGAAGUACCUCGGAAACUUGUCUAUAUUUAAAA